ACUAAUAGGGGAACUAAAAUUUCAUUUAAGCCUUCUUAAUUCAGGGCUAAUUAGUGUAGAAUCAUGCCCCGACAAGAAACUUUAGAACUGUGAGAGUGGUGCGCGACGGUGUUGUGUUGUGGCUUCAUUCGAGUGGUCUGUGUUCAGUUCAGUCUGUGUCAUCGCGCCGCGAGUGUAGGCAGUGCGCCAUUUAUCGUGAGAUAAAAAAACAAGGAAUGCGUACAUCGCUGGGCUCGAUUUAGUCCAGACGACUCUGUGCUGUGUAUCGUGAUGGUCUGACAAGUUCAAAACAUUCGUUAUGGAAAGAAGAACUAAAAACAGUGGUUUGCGCAAGGGCCCACACUUGAGCUCUUGGAUAUGGUGCAUGUUUAUCAAAGUUUUCUGCUUGCCGUGUAUAUUUUCCGAAUGUUUCGGAAAUAAUAUCACUUUAUCUGUACAGCCGCCUGGGGACAGAAGGAUAUUUUACGGGAAUCCGUUAGAAAUUUUCUGUGUAGCUGAAGGUGGGGAUGUUGCUGAAGACUUAGAGUUGUUGGUAAAUCACGUUUCACUCAAUACUACAAUAGUGAAUGAAACUACUAUCAGAUGGUAUGAGGAGAGACCAGAAAAACAGAGUACAACCUUUUAUUGUAACAAUAAACGAACAAAUAAAAAAUGUUCCAGUAAGGUGGUUGUGGAUGGAUACCCACAGGAGGUAGAAGAGUUCACAUGUCUGUCCAAGAACCUUAAUGAGCUCAAUUGUUCCUGGGUACCACCCAAAGGAAAUCAGUUGGUAGUUAACUACAACUUAACCUUCUUGGUAAAUGAUAGAGCGGUAUUACCAUGCAAAGUCCAUGAUGAAGUAAAUGUAAGCUGGUGUGUAUGGACAACAAAAACCGGACCUGGAGUGCCCCUUUACAGGCAACAGCUAGAUAUGUACAAUUUCAACUUGACCUCCUACAAUAGUUUUGGGAGCAUUUCCCAAAACUUUGCAAUUGACCAUUUCUCAAUAGUUAAGCCUGACCCUCCUACAGCCUUAGAGGUUGUACAAAAUGACUCUCGCAGUGUGACCAUACAGUGGAAAAUAUCGAAUAAUAUGGUGGAUUUGUUAAAGGGAGGGGUAGACCACCGAAUUGAAUAUCAGAUAUCUGAAAUUGAUAACACAACACACUUUCACAAGGUUGAUGCCUCUGACUUGCCACCUAAAAAUAGGACAUACAAAUUUGAAUUAAGUUUGCCGUUUGCACAUUGGGAGUAUGAAGUGAGAAUUUACAUUAAACCCAAGAAAGCUAAAUUGGACCAAUACUGGUCUGACUAUGCAUUUAUAAUGAUCAAUACAACUAGUGAGAAACCACCACGCCCACCAACAAUAGCUGCAGGCUCUUUCCACCAGCAGCCAUAUUUAAACCACCGUCUGUUAAAAAUCUAUUGGUCCCAAUUGUCUGAUGUUGAAGAAGCUGGUGCAAAUUUUACAUAUAGAGUGGUUGUCUGGCAAGGGAACAAACAGCAAACAUUAUUUCCUGAUAACAAGAGUUUGAGCUAUGUCAGCCUUAAUGCAUCUGAUGAUCCCCUGCAGGUGAUGGUGUGGUCAGAGAAUACUAAGGGUCUCUCUAAAGACUACAGCUCUCUUUACAUUCCUUCAGAGGAUAACACUCAAGAUUUGCAUGUAGAAUCAUUUACCAAACUAACACAUGAAAAUGGCACUAAUGAGUUAUCUUGGCAAAAAAAUAAUCAUAACAAAAUUGACAACUACACUCUAUUUUGGUGUGAGCUGAAGACUACACAAACUUGUACGGGACGUAUGAACUUUACAACUUUGUCACCACACAUUAGCAAACAUUCAAUAAAUUUGCCCUCAACAUUGUACCAAUUUGCCAUCUCUGCUAACAAAGGCUACAAGAGUAGUGGUAUGACAUGGGCCUACUGUGACAUCCCUAAAAAAGGAAUGGAGUGGUAUCAAAUUCCUGUAUCAUUGUCUCAUGAUAGCAAAUCAGUGGAUACCACACAUGUCAACCUGACAUGGGCAGUUCAGUGCACAUUCUCUGCUGGCUUUUUAAGAGGAUACAUUAUCUAUUAUUGUCCAGUUAUUGAGACCAGUGCAUCCUGCUAUGAUAAUAGAAAUUAUACUAAACAUAUUGAUAAUCCAGAUCAAAAAAGUGUCUUAGUAGAGAACCUCUUGCCUUAUACAACUUAUCAGUUUACUAUUGCCCUUGACACUGCUUCUGGCAUCAGGACACAUAACAAUACAGACCGUGUGACCACUUUAGAAGACACCCCAUCAAGUCCUACUAAUAUCAAGAUAAAGGACAUAACACAUGAUUCUGUGAAUAUCACAUGGGAUCCGCCAGAGCACAAGAAUGGAAAAAUUCUUUAUUACAAUAUUACAAAAACAUUGUCUGAUGGCACCACAGAUUAUGUGAUAGAGGAUACCUUCACACAUCGUCAGAUCACUGGGCUGCAAGGUCUCACCAAUUAUACAUUUGCAGUGAAAGCCUGUAAUAAUGCUAAAAACCGCUGCUCCAGUAUUGUUCCCAAAGAUGGGAUUCAUCUAAGAACAAGAAUUGGGCCUCCAGGGAGAAUAAACAGUGCACCCCUUUAUAAUUACUCUUUAGGAACCAUUAAUUGGUUUGCUCCAGGCCAUGUUGAUCUCUAUCAAGUCAUGGUACUGAAAAAUAAAAAAGAAUAUGAGAUUAGUAACACAACAGAUCUGUACGUAGAUACAGUUGCUUGUCAAGGUGAUGAAAUGUCGUAUCAAGUAAGAGCAAUAAAUUAUGAUGCAGAUGAAUAUCAUGGAGUGAUGGGUGAUCCCGAUUACGUAGAACUACCUGUACGAACUACCAAAGGUAUUGAUGAAUAUGUUGGUGAAUGGAGUCAAACAUACAAUAUGCCUUGUGGCCAAUCUGGAGGUCUCACAUUGACCCUCAUAAUUCUGGGAGUAUUUUUAGUUGUUGGUGUUGGCUACGGAUCACUGAAACUUUACAAGAAAAUGAAACAAAUGGAAGACAUAAAGCCCGUAUUCCCCAAUGGCUUAAAUGUCCCUGAAAAAGAUUUAACUAAAUACGGUUUCGGCGGCUGGACCCAAACCAACAAAGACGAGAAACCAUCGUCUGACGAAAUGCUGCUUCUGCCUAAUAGUAAAAGUAGUAUAUCUCCCGUAUCGCCCAAUGUCAAACAGAGUAUCGACAACUGUGAUUCAAGUGACCAUACGGAUAGUACCGCAUUAUCCAACAAUUCUGAAGGCCCUAUUGACAGACAGUCCUCAAUAUCAGAUACCGCCUCGGAUACAUCUUUACGAGAUAUAGAACAAGGAAGGGAUGAAAACGCAAGCCAAGGAGAGGCUUCCGCGUCGGAAACUGAAAGCUCGCGCGAGAGUUCUCCGUACUUAAACGACCUGGUGUUCAAGAAGAAUCCUAACAGUGGGUAUGUGCAGUCUGUAAUGAAUCCCAAUACCGAUCUGAGUUCACCAUCGAUCAAGAGCCCGCAGGAGCAAGCGAAGUCGCCCGUGGCUGCGAGCUCGAGCUAUGUAAUGGCGGGUCUGCCGCCGCCAAUCUUCACGACGGGCCUGUUGCCGUCGAGCCCGCCGCCCGCGGGCUACGUGCGCGCGGACGACCCGCAGGCUAGGCUAAUGAACUUGCCAAAACUCGGCCCGUCGCCGACGAAACUCUUCGGUCCGGAGAGCUUGCCGACACUACCCUUGCCUUCACCUAAAAAAGGCGAAGAUUCUAGCUAUAUUCAACUGCAGUGUUUAGAGUCGCUGCCUAACUUAAAGGUCCGCGAGCAGCCAAAGCCAGCGGCGAGCGGAUACGUGAGCCCAGAAGAUGCUGUGCUCAACAAGCACCUAAACAACAUCAUGGCGGCGCGCGCGCCCGUGCCGGACACGCCUAUUUUGCUCGAUCCAGACAUGAGUCCCGAUGCCUAUUGCCGCUUUUCCUGGAGCAAAGACCCUUCCAUUGACAAUUUUAAUUCAAUACUCGUUGAUUCAAGUUUGACCACUCCCAAAAACUGA